AUGUCCUGGAACGCUUAUACAGACAGUCUCAAGUCAACCGGCAAGAUCGACAAGGCCGCUCUUUACUCGGCUGCUGGUGACUCUCUCUGGGCCGAAUCCGGAGGAUUCCAAAUUGCUCCUCAAGAGAUUCAGGCCAUUGCCGGUGCAUACUCUGAUCCCCUGAACUUGCAGGCCCACGGUUUGCACAUUGAGGGCCAGAAGUACUUUUUGUUGAGAGCCGACGACAGAUCCGUGUACGGUAAGCUCGACGACACCGGAAUUGUUGCCGUCAAGACCAAGCAGGCCAUUGUGGUAGCCCACUACCCAUCCGGCGUGCAGCCCCAGGAGGCCACUGCUGUUGUGGAGAAGUUGGCUGACUACUUGAUUGGCGUUGGCUACUAG